UAGUCGUUGAACCUCAUCGAGACGUCAUACAAAUACUUCAAAAUCAUCCAGCAUGCCUAAAUGAAAAGCACCAAACUCAACGGUCAACACGUAUGUAAAGUAUAUAAAGACGAGAAUCAGUUAGUUGAAAAUCAUUGUUUAUGAAAAAUAGAGAUCUGAGGAAGCAUUAAAGAUAACACUGAAAACACGAAGUUGGACUAUCAAAAAGAUGUAUACAUUGGGCUUUUUGUUCGCACUUUGUUUCUGCAACGUCAUUUCUUACAAAGUGAACUUGGACUCUGAAGAGUAUAAAGAAUGGCGUCGUGGAGUUCCUGCACCGGCAUCAUCAAAAGAAACUAGUACUGGCAAAUGUAUAAAAGACUUGGUUAUUCUCGUUGAUGCAUCACGGUCAAUUACUGGACGAAUUUUUAAUUCAAAAGUCAAAGCAUUUUUGAGGAAUUUGAUUUCCAAUCCUCAGCUUAAUGUCGGUCCUGAUGGAACCCAAAUUGCUUUUGUUAUAUUCAGGGACAAAGAUGACACAAAAUAUCUUCUAAAUUUCGAUGCUAGAACACAAGAAGAAUACAAAACUUUUAUAAACAAUACAUUGACUUAUAGCGAUCGUCUUGGUGGUCAAACAUAUACGGGAAAGGCUCUAGGGAUUGUGGACAAAGAGAUCUUCAAAACGAGCAGUCCUGAAAACAUCCGACCAAAGAUUGAUGACGUUGUCUUGUUGCUAACGGAUGGUAAACCCAAUGGAGGGCAUGCAGUUACCAGUGAUAAAGAAAAAAAUUUGAAUUCCGAAAUGGUCGAUGCCCGAAAUCAUUCAAACUCCUUAAAAGAGAAAAAUGUUCUCAUUGUUGGUGUUGCUUUUGGCCAGAAAGGAAUUGUGAGGAAUUUCCUGCCAGAAAUUGAAAGAUUGUCAACUUCUAACAAGACAACAUUUGACAGCGACAUUGAUAGUCUGGACAAGAUACUAGACCAAAUUGUUAGCGCUUCCUGUAUUAAACCAGCUCAGUGUAGCUGCUCCUCCAUUCAAUCACAAACUAAGUACAUUGUACCACCAGCAACAACUGUUGACGUGAGCUGGCCAACACCAACAUUUCAAUGUGGAAACAACCAAAUUCCCGAGCACACAAGGACAAUUAAUCCGAAUAUCGUCGCUCCGCACAGUUUCUCUGUUGGUCAUCAUCCUAUUGAAUAUACUUACACAUUUAGUGGUGAAUCUCUUAAAUGUUACGUGAACAUCACAGUUGAAUCAUGUAAAUGCCCAAAUACGGCACCAAUAAUCAAGGAUCUUGCACCAGGAAAAACCACGGUGACAGUUGAAUGGAGAAAACCAGAGCCGAAGUGUCCACAUACACUGAGUAGCGUAUCACCAUCAGAAGCAAAGUCAGGUAAAAUGAAUUUUGGGUUUGGGGAACAUGUCAUCACCUAUAGUUGCAACAUCAAAAAUGCACCAAAAAGCCCUCCUCUUAAAUGCAAAUUGAGGAUCAAUGUUGGCGGAAAAGUGUGUGGUGGAGUUGGUAUGUAUUCUGCGCAAGUCUGUUGUUGUGGUAAGGCUUAUGACAGUAAACCAAACCACGAGUGUUGUGGAUACCAGUACUACGAUAAAAGUAACAAGAAAUGCUUUCAUGAUUCCAACACAUUGGUAGAUUUAUCGCCAUGAAAGUUCUCUUAGAAACAUUGGUCAAAGUUCAAAUAAGCUUAAGCAGUACUUUUAGUUUCCAUUUUUUUCAUUUGCAUAUGAUAUAUCAAACACACUAUGACGAUUUGUUGAUUUUAUUCCAAGUAUAAGUAUGUACUAUGUAGUAUGUGUAUCAACAUUUAAGUAUAAUUAUAUCUUCGUUAUUGAUGAUUGUACUAUCAAAUGCAGGUUUUUGAGCUUUUUUUAUAGACAAUUCAAACUUCAUAAAUAUGCAAAUCUUUAUUUCGAUA